AUGGAGACCCUGCGAGACACUGCGUUUGGGAAGCUAGUCCGUCUCGCCACUCACUAUCGAUGGAUGCAAUAUCCGGAAGAGAAAGAUCUGUCUGUCUGGCCAGAGUAUUUAAAGACUGAAAUCAAGGACAGAGAAGGCAGUUCUGCCGCACCAGCGGUUGAGAAUGAGAACCCGGAGGACCUGGAGGCGUUCGGCCUCUACACGGUGAUAUCGCAGGCGUCUCGCCGCUUCUCGGCGGUGUCAACGAUUCGGGAUGGAAGCGCGGAUCCAUCGCGAGGUAACCAGACUAUGGUAAUUAGCUGGCGGGGACCAGAUGACUCUGAGAACCCCCAGAACUGGAGCACGAAAAAGAAGUUUUUCGUCAGCACAUUAAUUUGGCUGCUCACCUUCGCCAUCUAUGUUGGCUCCGCAAUUUAUACGCCUGGUAUUCCAGGCGUUUCUGAACAGUUCGGGGUAAGCAGCGUGGCGAGUACCUUGGGCCUGACACUGUUUGUGCUCGGCUACGGACUUGGACCAAUGGUCUGGUCUCCUCUCUCCGAAAUCCCCAUGAUCGGCAGAAGCCCAACCUACGUUCUAACUCUAUUCGUCUUCGUUUUGUUCCAAUUCCCCGUGAUCUACGCCAAAAACUUCGGCAUGCUGCUAGCCUUCCGGUUCCUCACGGGGUUCAUUGGGUCCCCUGCCCUGGCAACCGGCGCAGCUUCGAUGGGUGAUAUCUGGAGCCCCAAGAUCCGCGACUACAUGAUUGCCGUUUGGGGCAUGUUCGCCAUCUCCGCGCCUGUUCUCGGCCCUAUGCUUGGCGGCUUUGCCUUUUCCGCCAAGGGAUGGAAGUGGACGAUUUGGCAAUUGAUGUGGGUAUCUGCCUUCAGUUUUGUCUUGCUCUUCUUUUUUCUUCCGGAAACAUUUGCUCCCAAUAUCCUUGCUCGGCGAGCCCGUCGCGUGCGCCGAAUCACGGGCAAUUCGCAGUAUAUGUCCGAGUCCGAGAUGGAAAUCAAGGAUGUCAAGCCAAGAGACGUCCUCUUCGAAGCUCUAGUCCGACCAUUCGAGCUAUGCUUCCUUGAACCCAUCGUCCUCCUCCUAAACCUAUACAUCGCCCUAAUCUACGGCAUCCUAUACAUAUUUUUCGAAGCAUUCCCCAUCGUCUUCGAAGAAAUCCACGGCUUCAAUCCUGGCGAAAGCGGACUUUCGUUCAUGGGCAUUCUCGUCUCAACCUGCUGUAUCACCAUCCCAGCCUACUUCUACUGGAAAUACCGCUGGCAGGCACGCCACUUCGACAGCGAGGGCAACAUCGCCCCGGAGCAGCAGAUGCCACCCGCGUGCGUGGGGUGUUUCGCGCUCCCGAUCUCGCUGUUCUGGUUCGGCUGGACGGGCAACUUUGUCACCGUGCACUGGAUCGUACCCAUUAUUGGAUCGAUGUUCUUUGCUGUCGGUGGUUGUCUCAUCUUCAACUGUAUCUUCUGUUACCAGGCCCAUGCCUACCCGCGCUAUGCGGCCUCGGUGCUCGCGGGUAAUGAUUUCCUGCGCUCUUCAUUUGGUGCUGGGUUCCCGCUUUUUGCUUCUGCUAUGUUCCAUAAUCUCGGCGUUGGGUGGGCGUGUACUUUGCUUGGAUGUCUGACAAUCUUGUUCGUGCCUUUUCCGUUUAUUCUCCUCCGUUAUGGGAAGAGGCUUCGCUUGGCGAGUAAAUAUGCCAGACACGAUAUCUAA